AUGCGAUGCGCGAGCAAGGCCGCCGAGAGCGCGUCCGCAUGUCUCUGUGCGGACGCCGAAGCAGAAACCACAGCAACUGAUGUCUCAUCGGUUGCUGAAGCGACUCAGCCUGUGUCACUUGGUGAUGCAGGCGCUGGUCAUGAAGACACUCAUGUCUUCACAGAGUAUGAGCUCGGAGUCUCAUACUCUCCUGAUACGGAAGACGGAUCCGUAUCGACGGCGAUAGAAUCCAAGCCGCCUGCCAAGCGUGGCAAGGAUGAUGCUUUGCGUCGUAGCAUCUUUGAUUCAUCUGAUGAAUCAGAUGAACCAUCGCCGAAGCGUAGGCGCUCGAGGUCGCGAGACUCGGGCGCUAACAGUGGUGUCGGUUCUCCUAUGGACACCACUUUGCAACGAGGUGCCAGUACUUCUGUCGGCACAUCGCAGGAAGAGAUGGACCGCAAUGUCUUGCGUCUCGCUCCUGAGAAGAAGGCGUGGAUGCCUCCAAAAUCUGUCAUGGAUCACUUGUCGUCGCCGACAAGUGAUCGUUAUCGAACACGGUUGUUCGAUUCGUCAAGGAUCCAUCACCUUGACCCCAGCGCGAAAAACUAUCGCGCUGAACAUGAAUUCUUCAUCGAUGCUUUCUUUAGACAUCGAUGGUACAGUGGGAACUACAAGCGUGAUGGAUCCUCACUGCUUCAGGCGUGGAACGCUUACAUCCAUAACCUUGAGGAUGUAGGUCGUGACGUUUGGAACGACAAACUUAUCAAGGCUCGUGAUAAGUUUGAAAAGCGAACCCCGACAGGGAUUGACAACCUGAAAUUCCUUUACGACCGUGCCGGGAAGACUUUCUCCGGAGGUCCUUCUGCGGCACAGGAUGUGCCGCGUCGUACUGCUCAGCCAGACCCAGUACGUCAACCAUCAGUUGGAAGCGGGGCUCCCAAGAAUCCCAGGACGGGGGAUAGCCGCGCCAUCGGACGAGAUAACUCGUCCGACGUCCGUUCACGUCGCGGUGGAUCAACAGCUGCUCAACUAGCUAGCGCUGGCCACCGCGAGAGUCCUCUAAUGGAGGUAGAGGCGGAGUAA